CCCGGCGGAAGGCGGGAGCGCUUCCGGGGCGGGCGGCGCAGGGGCCGCGGCCAUGGCGCGCCGGCAGAAGGCGAAGGAGGCGAAGGCGGCGGCCGCGGGCAAGCGCAGGGCUCCCGCCGCGCUGCCCAGCCCGGCCUCCUCCUCGGAGGACGAAGCCCCGGAGGAGGUGCCCUUCGGCGUGGCGAGGGAGGCGGCCGAGGCCGAGCGGAAGCUCGUGGGAGAGGCGGCGCGGAGGCACCGGGAGCUGCAGAAGGAGAAGCGGCGGCGGCACCAGGAGCUGUUCGCGGAGCAGAAGAAGCGCAGGCUGCUGCCCGAGGCCGUGCUGCAGGAGCUGCAGGAACUGCAGGAUGUGUCCGCACGGCCGGCUGAGCAGGCUGCGGCAGAUGACCCAGUUACUCUAGAUGAAGAACUUGAAGCUGAGGCUGUAGAGCUGGAGCAAGGCCAAGCUGAAGUGCAGGAGAAGAAAGGCAAGAGGAGGAAGGGUGCCAGGACAAAAAGGAACUAUGUGGCUGUGUGCUUGAAGGACCACAGUGCCACAGGCCUCCACCAGCAGCUGGCCAAAGACUUCCUAAAUGCUCAGCUCUACGGGCCACACACCAACCGGGUACCAGCAAAUGAAUUUUUCUCCCUUGCAAACAAGAGAGCCCCUGUCAAAAAAGCUGCUGUUCAGUUUGUGGACAAGUCUUGGGGGCAAGAUAAAAAGGAAAAAGCAGCAAGGUUUAAGCAACGCUGGCUGGCAGCACAUAUCAGAAGUGGAGUCUGAAGACAGCUUUUUGAGAAGAUGCUGCUAAGGACUUUCAGUGACAGUUGAUCUCAACACAACACAGGUGUUUUUCCCACUUCAUCAUCACUUUGCUUUCAGCUCCAGCCAGAAGGCACUGAGCUGAGCCUGAUGGAACUUCCCUGUACUCUCCUCUCCCCUUUCAGAAUUUCCUGGGGAAGUUACAGAGUAGCCAGGCCAGUGUUGUAGAACAGCUGGUGCUAGGACCAGGCUUGCUGAGCUGCCUCCGUGAGGCAAUGCCUUUGCAGAGAAUAAACAUCAGCAAUGUUGUA